GGUGCUUGUAUCGCUUGAUUUUGGCCGAUGAAGUGCCGAUCCGUGGCGUGCCUAUGGUCUGGAGCUCCUCCAUCUCAUCGAGUCACUGCCACAGCCUCUAUAACCAAUCCACCGACUCUCUAUACCGGUGGAUCCGACGGGUCAAUCAUCUGGUGGAACAUCUCGUCUUCUUCCGAGUCCAAUUCGGAGGUUAAGCCGAUUGCUAUGUUGUGUGGACAUACUGCACCAAUGGUGGAUCUUGCUGUUUGUGAUCCUACUACGGUUUCAGGGAAUGGAGUUACAGCAGAUUUACAAGUAGCGGGAAUUGUAGGAGGUGAAGAAAGUUACCUCCUUGGGUUGGAAGAGCAGGAAUCAUUGCUCAUGGCGGAUUCAUCUGGUAGGCUCCAGUUGGUUCCAGUGUCAGAGAAUUCUGAGAAGGGUGAAGAUGUAUCUGAAUCUAGCAAAGACUCCGUCGUGUCUAGAAACUGGUUAAAUGAAGGGGAAAUAGCUGUAUCAGUAAUAACUCGAGGGAAUCUUGUUGCUUUUUUCUCAAAGAAUAGGUACCUCGGUGAGAUUGUUACUGCCUCUGAUCAGCAUUCCGAGAAAUCAACGUUUAUACAGUUGAGGCAGAAUCUUCUUCGCGUUGAGUCUACCUGUUGUGAUGUUGAACAACCUUCUCACUCUCGUUUAGAUCCCAAGGGCUCGGCUAGUGCAGAAACUGGUAUUUCUCAUUCAGGAAGUCAAUGCAGUACCGAAAAAGGUCUACAAAGCUUUGUUAGUGACAAUAGACAGUGCGUGUCAUCGUCCAUGGUUAUUUCUGAGAAAAUGUAUGUCCCAUAUGCUGCUGUCUAUGGAUUCUUUAGUGGUGAGAUAGAAAUUGCAAAGUUUGAUUUUCUUCACAGACUUGAUUCUUGUGCAUCAAGCCCGAGAUCAGACACUGAUUCACUCGUCUCUAGACAGCGUCUAUUGGGACAUACAGGAUUUGUUCUAUCCUUAGCAGCGCAUCGAAUGUUUAGGGACGCAAAUGGAUGUAAUUCUUCUCAUGUUGAUCUCCGGAAGUAUGGACUGCACCAUCCGCAUUUAGCACCUUGUGUUUGUUUAUACCUCAAUUAGGACUGGAUCCUGAGGAAAUUGUAAUUCAAUUUCUUAAUCUCAAAGUGAUUCUAUUCUUGUAUCUCUUGAUGUAACUCAAUUUUUGUUCUUUUGAUGUUGCAUGUAUUGAUUCAAUUAGAGAUCACGUCCACAAAGACCGUCAUAUGUGUCCCUUGUGUUCGCUAUGUGCUGGAUUACUUUUGUUAUAGUAUUGCUUAACAUAGUUAAGAUUAAAUAUGAUUUACUAAC